AUGUAGUGUGCAUCACUGAUUAAAAAACAUCCGUUGUCAGUCUUUAUUCUUUGGGUUUAUUAAUUAUAAAUAUUUUACAUAACUAUUAUCAAAACUAGUGAACAAAUUGAUGUAUCAAAACUUUGUGAAAAUGAAAAUUUUCAUUUGAAUGAUUUUCUCACAUGAUCAGAUGAAACAUCUGUAAGCGCAAGUGAAAAAUUGAAGGAAUCUAUAUAAAAAUGUCACAAGAAAAGUGAAAUUGCUAACCACAGCUAUUUUUGGCCUUCUAAGGCACGUAGAAUUCAUUUAUUUCUUGUCUAGUGGUCAAGAAAAGAUUUAAAGAUAAAAGAGAACCAGGUGGAAUUACGGCGGCCAUUUAACUCGAACACAUGUAUAUGAGAUUAACCCACACAGCACCGAAGAUUUCCUGAAACUCGACAGGGCCUCGUUCAGCGAGAAUUAUUGGGUCUUGUUAGAAGGAGGGAAUAAAAGCAAGAGAAAAACAAAGUUCGACUGGUUGGUGAAUGGUUUUGCAGAUAGACUCGGUGUGGGGCUGGGCGUCACCCCCGCUGCGCCUCCAGGUAGCCGGGGGGACUCGCGGCUCUUCGGGGAGCGCGGGUAUCAGUGCCCAAUCCUCCCAGAGGAUGGGCGAAAUGGUCGUUGAUCGCGCUCCCUCACCAGCACGCCUCAGUCAUACCUCCGAGAAACAUCCCAGAGCAACACUCACCGAACUCAAUGUUCUACGCCGUCAUCGGGAACUCUGCGACGUUGUUUUAAAUGUUGGUUCGAGGAAAAUUUUUGCACAUCGUGUCAUUCUCUCCGCAUGCAGUCCGUACUUUAGAGCAAUGUUUACUGGCGAAUUGGCUGAAUCGCGGCAGACUGAAGUCACGAUUCGUGACAUCGACGAAAUGGCAAUGGAGUUGCUGAUAGACUUUUGUUACACCUCGCACAUAAUUGUUGAAGAGGCGAAUGUCCAAACACUACUGCCUGCCGCGUGUCUCCUGCAAUUGGCGGAAAUUCAAGAUAUUUGCUGUGAAUUUCUCAAACGACAAUUGGAUCCUUCAAAUUGCUUGGGAAUUCGAGCGUUUGCCGAUACGCAUUCUUGUCGAGAAUUAUUGCGUAUUGCCGACAAGUAUACGCAACAUAAUUUUCAAGAGGUGAUGGAGAGUGAGGAAUUUCUACUAUUACCAGUGGGCCAAUUAGUCGAUAUCAUAUCGUCCGAUGAAUUAAAUGUGCGUACGGAGGAGCAGGUUUUUAAUGCCGUUAUGAAUUGGGUUAAGUACAAUGUUUCCGAAAGACGUCAACAUUUGGCACAAGUUCUUCAACACGUGCGACUGCCACUCUUGAGCCCAAAAUUUCUCGUGGGAACGGUUGGGUCUGAUUUGCUAGUCAGAUCGGAUGAUGCGUGUCGAGAUUUGGUGGAUGAAGCGAAAAAUUAUCUUCUUCUGCCGCAAGAGCGGCCAUUGAUGCAAGGACCGCGAACGCGACCAAGGAAACCAACGAGACGGGGUGAGGUUUUAUUUGCAGUUGGUGGAUGGUGUUCGGGCGAUGCGAUCGCCAGUGUCGAGAGAUUCGAUCCAAACACGGCGGAUUGGAAAAUGGUGGCGCCAAUGAGCAAGAGAAGGUGCGGAGUCGGUGUCGCAGUUCUCAAUGAUUUGUUGUAUGCGGUUGGUGGUCACGAUGGACAAAGUUAUUUAAAUAGUAUCGAAAGAUAUGAUCCUCAAACGAAUCAGUGGUCGUGUGAUGUUGCGCCCACCACGUCAUGUAGAACGAGUGUUGGAGUCGCUGUCCUGGACGGGUUUCUUUACGCUGUCGGCGGACAAGAUGGAGUUCAGUGUCUAAAUCACGUUGAAAGAUAUGAUCCCAAGGAAAACAAAUGGUCGAAAGUGUCGCCAAUGACGACACGAAGACUUGGUGUCGCGGUCGCUGUAUUGGGUGGUUAUUUGUACGCGAUCGGCGGUUCGGACGGUCAAUCGCCAUUAAACACUGUGGAGAGAUAUGAUCCGAGACAAAAUAAAUGGUCACCCGUUCCUUCUAUGUCCACGAGGCGAAAACAUCUUGGCUGUGCUGUAUUUAAUAAUUUAAUUUACGCCGUUGGCGGACGAGACGAUUGUAUGGAACUUUCUAGCGCUGAGCGCUACAAUCCUCACACCAAUUCCUGGAGUCCAAUUGUUGCCAUGACUUCAAGAAGAAGUGGGGUCGGAUUAGCGGUAGUGAAUGGUCAACUUUAUGCAGUUGGCGGUUUCGAUGGUACAGCAUAUUUGAAAACAAUUGAAGUAUACGAUCCAGAGCAAAAUCAGUGGAGACUGUGUGGCUGCAUGAAUUAUAGGAGACUCGGAGGUGGUGUAGGAGUGAUGAGAGCACCACAAACUGAAAACUAUAUUUGGUAGCUCAGGCCCCCCUCUUCAGUCCACUCGGCUGAAUCUCCAGUAACCCCGGUGACUCCAGUAACACCAGUUACACCCCCGGCACAAGUGUCAGCGCCAACUGUUACUACAAACACUAGAAAACGUUAUCGUCGUUCAAUGAGCAUUAUUUAAAUCGCGAUAACAAUUUUCAAAGACUUUUUUUCUAACAGCUUCACAUCAUCCAUUUCCCUUCUUCUUUCUUUUAUUCUUCUUUAUCAUUCAUUUUCAUUUUUCUACAAAAAAUUCCGUUUUCUCAGAUUACUCUCUUUUCUACAGUAUCUUUCUUCAUGCUUUCUUUUUAAUAUAAAAGAUAAAAGACUUUUUUGCACAUAAAUUUUAAUAAGUUAAAUUUAUUAAAUUAAUCUUUUAAAAAAUUAGUAAUAUGAAUUAAAUUUUUAUUUAAUUUUAUAAAAAUACGCUUUUUUUCGAUACGCUUGGCAGGUUUUUCCAUCGAAUAAAACUUCGGAGAAAAACUUUUGUGAUUUCACUUGAAAAAAAUACAGAAUGACGGACGAAUAGAAAAAAAUUAUUUCAAAAGACUUGAUGGCUAAUAAAAUUAGUCAAACUAAUAUGUACAGCUUCCAUUUCGUCUAGGGACGAAUUGACUUUUAAUAUUUAAGAGAUAUUAUUUAUCAAACAAAAAAAUUUCAGGAUAUUUUUCCUAUUUAAAAUACUAAAAAUUCAUUAAAUUUUUCCAAAAAAAAUAUUGGGAUUGCAUUAAUAAAAAUUAUUUUGAGUAAUUGAAACUUUCGCUUUCCAUUUAUUACAAAAAAAGCUAAAUGCAUUUCAACUUUUCAAGAAAUCUUAAUUUUUUUUCUUAAAUUUCAACAAUCCUCGUAAUUAAUAACUUCCAAUAAUUUAAUAUUGUAAUUAAAAAUCUAUUAAAUUAAAAUUAUAAAC